AUUUUUUUCUCCUCUUUAUUUAUCAAGAGCUGCUCUAUUUUCCUAUUUACUGUGUAUGUCUUUAUCUAGCUUAUUUCGUUUCAUUCUCUUAAUCAUGUCUGUUCUUGAUAUUGCUACUUCUGUGAUAUUGUUAUUUCCUUAAUAUUACUUGUCACAGUGUUAUCUUAAUUAUAUUGUUGCAAAUUGCCUAUUGUUGCUUGGUGUAUAACUGAUUUAUUUGUCGUUGAAGUGAAAGCCCAAGUACAUUCUCUGUUUCUCCCUAUGUCCUUGUGUUGGGGAUGCAAAUGGAUACAGAGUAAUGACUUUGGGUCCGAGAUAUUUAUUUUGUACUUGCUCAUUCGCCAAGUAUAUGGAUCUGUGAUUCUUUAUCAAUAGCCACUUUGUUUCCCUUGUUUUCUGUUUAUUCCUUGGAAAGUUUGGAAUUUGUAGUCGGCUGUUUGAACUUUUGCUUAUUUUGAUUUGGGUAUUUUUCUAAAUUGUUCAGUUUUGCUUAUUUUGUUAUUGUUUGAUCUAUUUUCAUUAUAUAAAAACAUAUUGAUUUAUUUCAAUGGAUUUUAUCUGAUAAAUUACUUAUUCGUUAGGUGGAAAAUUUUACGACCUAUUAUUUUAUUUUUUCAGCACACAUUAAUAAUCAUACUCUAACGUUUUAUUAUAAUAGCUAAGUUUUAUGUGAAAUCGGUCUUGAUAAGUACUAAUGAACUGUAUCAAUUGGCUUCAGUGGCAUUUUGCCUCCUUGUAGCUUGGAUUGGUUAUUCUUCCAUCUCUCAGCCUUUGUACUUGUGUAAUAAAAUAUGCAUUUGGAUUGUCUUUCCUCUACUUUCUGGUUAUGCAUCUAUUCAUGCUGAGUGCUGAGCCAACCUCUCUGUACAUCCCCUGGUAGAAAGAUUCAGGACUAGCACUUUUGGAUUUGGAGUAAAUAUUUGUUAUGGCCUCCUUAACGUGUUGCAAUGUUAGAUGUGCUUGUUUUUAUCAUUUUUGAAUUGAAACCUUAUUAGAACUCUCUUCAUAAGGAUAGUUUUCUUUGGAUAUUGGUUGGGUAUUAUGCUUGCAAGAAAUGCUACAAGCGAGUUACUGUUAUAAAAAGUAGUGCAACUUGUACCUAUUGUAGGAUUGAAGAUAUUGAUUAUGAGGAAAGGUAAACUACACAAAUGACUAUCAAAAGUAUUACUUACUCCACCAAAUAAAUGAAUAUAAUUAUUAAAUAUUGAAAUGAGUUUAACAUAUACCUAUGAAAUAAAUUAAGUCAUACAAAUUAAAUUUUCAAAAUAUAUUUUUACAUAUCUUAUUAAAUUAGAAUUAAAGGAAAAUGCACCCAUCAUGCUACUAAGGAAUUUAGACCCUUCAAAUGGUGAUUCUUCAUCGACCCACACUCCUCAAUGCGUUAAUGUCACAUUCAUGAUAAUUGUUUGAGUCCCUCAAUCUUCUCACAUAAAUUGUGACAUUUAACCAAACAUUGUAUAGUUUCAUAUUUAAGUUUCUUGUUUGUUGAUAUUGUAUUGCAUUUUAAUGUUUUAGUAUUAUUAUUAUUCAUAAUUUACAGUACUUUCAUGCUUCAAAUUUAAUGCUUCAUAUUAAGUUGAUGUUGUCAUUCAUAAUUUAGCACAUAAAUAUCCAACAUAUUAUGAAAUGCAUCAAUUAAAUCUUUAUAGCUUUACAAGAUCAAUAAUAACUUAUGCGCUUAUGACAAGACUAUUUAAAAUAAUGUACACUUCUACUACAUCAAUAAUAUUGCACGCACUCAUGACAACACAACUUUACAAAUGUCUCUCAAUAGAGAAUGAGACAACUUAUGGCUCAUACGUGCAACGCACGUGCCCCUGACUAGUUACAUAAUAAGUAAAAAUAAGCAAAAAUAUAUAUAUUAAAUUAACAAUAGGAUCACACAAUUGAUUAUUAUACAAAAUGAGACUUUUUGAUAUUACCUAGCAAUGAAUUUAAAACCAAUAGAUACAUCUAUAGUAAAAAUAAAUAUAAUAUUUAAAUUAAGACAGAACAACCCUACAAAUAAGGUGCUAUAUAUUCUCCCAUCAAUCACCUACUGGCUGCAAUGUGUUUGUCAUAUUCUUAGCUUUCAAACAAUGACUAAUGAUAAAUUUUAUGGCGCCUCGCGCGGAAACUGUUUUCCGGCAAACCACAUUGUCGAAAUCAGGUGCAAUGGAAGAUUUUAAUCUCAAUGCGAAACAACAAAAGUGCUCUCGUCUUAAUAGUAGUCAGCAAUUGAAGUGAUUGUGCAUGACAUUAAUGCCUGACAUCUCUAGCACUAACGCCAAUGUUGUCGUAACCAACUAUAAAUGCUAUAAAAAGAAACGAAAUCAGAAUAUUGGAGUAACGAAUGAUGAUAAUGAUGAGAAAACCAGAAAUGGAGAAGAAUACAGAGAGAAAAAAGAGAUUGUAGUGUCUAUGUUAUUCACCAUGAGUAAGACAACUUCUCAUCAUCAGCAACAACAUUCAGAAAACAGUGUCGUUUUGACCAGAACUCCCAGUAAUGUCGAUGAAGUGAGCAAGGAAACAGAGGAUUUACAAUCCAUUACGAGAUAUUCACAUGGAUCUAUCUCUUUGAUCGGUGGAAGAAGACAAAUGAAGGAUGCUCUAUCAGUGAAGCUGGAUUUAUUGACGAAUUAUGACUUUUUUGGUGUUUAUGAUGGACAUGGAGGGUCAUGUGUAGCUCAUGCCUGCCGUGACUUGUUGCACAAGGUACUGAUGGAAGUAAUUCUUGAAGAAGAUGGGAAAUUUGAAGAAAUAAAUUGGGCGAAAGUGAUGAUGACGAGUUUUUAUAAGAUGGAUAAAGAGGUGAACAGGAUUAAUGGGGCGGAAGUGGCGACAAUUGGAUCAACGAUAGUCGUGGCGGUUGUGGGGAAGGAAGAGGUAAUAGUUGCCAAUUGUGGGGAUUCUAGAGCUGUGCUUUCACGAGGUGGAGUUGCAUUGGCCUUAUCUAAUGAUCAUAAGCCGGACAGACCUGAUGAACUGGAGAGAAUUGAGAAGUCAGGCGGGAAGGUCAUCAAUUGGAAUGGGCAUCGAGUCCUAGGAGUACUGGCUACUUCAAGAUCCAUUGGGGAUAACUACCUAAAACCGUAUGUAAUACCAGAGCCAAAAGUCACAGUGAGCAAAAGAACGGAUGGAGAUGAGUUCUUAAUACUUGCCAGUGAUGGUCUGUGGGAUGUUGUUCCCAACGACGUUGCUUGUGAUUUUACAAGAAAAUGCUUAAAUGGUCAGAUUAGAAGGUGCAAAAAUGGAAGUGAGCAUUCUCAAAAUAAGGUCAUGAAAGAAAAUGUUGCAGCGAAGGCAGCAACCUUACUCGCAGAAUUGGCGAUUUCACGGGGCAGUACAGACAGCAUAAGCAUCAUUAUAGUUUAGUUGAAGAAAUCUUUAGGCACCAGAGAUGGAAAUAGUAUUUAUAGUUCACUACUUUGAUAGUUCAUUUUUUCUCUCUUUAUAAAUUUCUUGCUUUGUGUCCAUUAUGGAUUGUUUGUACUUUGUAUAAUAUUGUACCUGGACUUGAAGUCCUAAAGUCUAUCAAUUUCAUGUCGUACUUACCCUUGAA